CAAUUUUGAUUCUUUUAGGUAGGGAGCAGUAAAGUUUUUUGUGAAUGGCAGGGCCUUGAGUGACCUCAACUUGAAAUAAUCCACAUACCAACUGACGAUCUUAAGGAGGGAGGACUUUUCUGGACAGCUUGGGGAAGCCUUUCCUUCAUGGAUGAGGAAACUCGGACUUAAAGAAGACAAGCUCACGGAUCCUGGGCCAAGGAGCAGAGGAAGGCAGCUCAGGCAGCAGAGCCUUCCAGAUGGCUGAGCUGGAGCUGAUGGUUCCGGGGCCGCUGCCCGGUAUCAGCACGCACCCUCUGGACACUCUUAACCCAGCCUCUGACUCAGCCGACGCAGCAGAAGAGAACAUGGGCUCCCUGGGGAGCCCCCAGGGGGAGAUCGGAGGACAGGGCAGUGACUCUGCGGAGCAGGGGGUUCCUGGUGGCGAGGGACAGGAGGAGAUUCUGUGUGACUUCUGUCUCGGGGCAGGCAGGGUGAAGGCGGUGAAGUCCUGCCUGACCUGCAUGGUGAAUUACUGUGAGGAGCACCUACGGCCGCACCAGGAGAACAGCAAACUGCACAGCCACCAGCUGACCGAGCCGGUGAGGGACCGGGACCUGCGUACUUGCCUGACCCACCACAGCCCGCUGGUCACCUUCUGCAACUCUGACCAGCAGUGCAUCUGCCAGGAGUGUGCCCAGGGUGAGCACAAGGGCCACGCCUUGGCCUCCCUGGAUGCUGCCCGCAGAGACAAGGAGGCUGAGCUUCGGCGCACACGGUUAGAGCUGGAGCGGAAACUCACUCUGAAUGAAAACGCCAUUACCAGGCUCCAAGCCAACCACAAAUCUGUUUUGGUGUCUGUGUCAGAGGUGAAGGCGGUGGCGGAGGAGCAGUUUGGGGAACUCCUUGCUGCAAUGAGGAAGGCCCAGGCCGAUGUGCUGCUGUUCCUGGAGGAGAAGGAGGAAGCUGCUCUGAGCCAGGCCAACAGCAUCAAGACCCACCUGGAGCAUAGGAGUGCAGAGAUGGAGAAGAACAAGCAGGAGCUGGAGAGGAUUGCUGCCCUCAGCAACACUGUCCUGUUCCUGGAGGAGUACUGCAAGGUUAAGAACACGGAGGACAGCACCUCCCCUAGUGUUUACAUAGGAUUCAAGGAUAAGCUCUCGGGUAUUUGCAAGGUCAUCACGGACUCCACUGCGCACUUGGUCCAGUUGCUGCAGGACUACAAAGAAAAGCUCCAGGAGUUUGCUAAGGAAGAGGAGUAUGACAUCAGAACUCAAGUGUCUGCCUUUGUGGAGCGCAAGUAUCGGACCUCAAAACCAGACCCCACCACCAGACAACAGUUCUUGCAAUAUGCUUGUGAUAUCACUUUCGAUCCAGAGACAGCACACAGGUAUCUCCGUCUGCAGGAGGACAAUCGCAAGGUCACCAACACCACGCCCUGGGAGCAUCCUUACCCAGACCUCCCUAGCAGGUUCGUGCACUGGCGCCAGGUGCUGUCCCAACAGAGCUUGUACCUGCACAGGUACUAUUUCGAGGUAGAGAUCUCUGGGGCAGGCACCUACGUUGGCCUGACCUGCAAAGGUAUAGACCGGAAAGGGGAGGACCGCAACGGUUGCAUUUCUGGAAACAACUUCUCCUGGAGCCUCUAUUUUAAUGGGAAGGAGUUCACGGCCUGGCACAGUGACACAGAGACCCCACUCAAAGCCGGCCCUUUCCGGAGGCUGGGGAUCUACAUUGACUUCCAGGGCGGGAGCCUCUCCUUCUAUGGCGUCGCACCUGAUGCCAUGACUCUGGUUCACAAGUUUGACUGCAAGUUUUCAGAACCAGUCUACCCUGCCUUCUGGCUUUCCAAGAAGGAAAACUCCAUCCGGAUUGUGGAUCUGGGAGAGGAACCUGAGCAGCCAGCGCCGAUCUCAGCGCCCACCCCAGCGCCAACCUCUGUGGAGGCUGCACCCUGAGACUCCCAGACUUUUGAUCUGUACUGUGCUAUCCCCUAUUUUUCUAGUCACUCUCAGGAAUCUAACUCCUUUUCAUCAUCUAGUGAUAUUCUCCUGUCUGUCAGAUGAAAAACCAGGAGUCUUCAGGGCAAUCCAGAUGAUUCUGGAGCAAUCAUAAUAAAUUGCUAAGUUAUUGCACAUUUCCUAUGACCCAGACAUUGUUCUGAGUGCUUCCUGGCUAUGAACUCCCUUAACCCUCCUAGUGGUCCCGUGGGGUAGAUAUUCACAUCAGCCCCAUUUUGCAGAUGGGGAAACUAUGGUCCUUGCAGUUAACUACCUUGUUCAAGGUCACCGUGGUGACACAGGGAGUGAGUGGCAGAGCCGGAUUCACACCUGAGAGCUGACAUUGGACUUUUAACUACUACCUCAUGCUGCCUUCCUCAUUAGAUCAUGGGUGUUUUGUAAAGGAGUAAACCACACGAGGAACUAUAUACCUGGAAACUGAGCGUGAAACCCUCCUCUCAGAGUCUGCAGAUGUCUUUGCACCCCAUGUCUCUUUGGGCCAUGUAGCUGUGCAGGGACAGAGAGUUCAUUACCUCACACAGCAGCUCAUGUUGUUUUUGGACAGUGAGGAUACAACACCCUGAUGGGGUCCACAUCUUAUUCACCAUGACCUCUGGGGGUGGGGGUUCCACACCUGGACUGUGUGGAUAUGCUGAUUUCUCUUCAAAGGACAGUUCUUGGGAGGUUUGAGGGCUGUUCUCAGGC